AUGAGACCCAUCCUACUAACAGCAACACUCCUACGCCUUACUACCGCCCGAACCCUGAACAUAGUAGCCCACCAAGACGACGACAUCCUCUUCUUCAGUCCGGAGCUACUACACGACAUACACUCCGGCAACCCCGUCCGCACGAUCUUCCUAACAGCUGGCGACGCCGGCAACAGCGUGGAAUACUGGGAAGGCAGACAAGCCGGAUCCCAGGCAGCGUACGCGCUCAUGCGCGGGGUUUCCAACACAUGGACGAGAUCCGACGCAGGGGUUGCAGACCACCCCGUAUCGAUAUUCACGAUGAACGAUGACCCAAAUAUCUCAUUAGCAUUUUUGCAUCUUCCUGAUGGGAAUCUGGACGGGUCAGGGUUCCCCGCGACGGGAACGACGAGUCUGGUGAAGUUGUGGAAUGGUCAGAUCCAGAAGUUAGAUACCGUGGAUGGGUUGACGAAGUACACGAAUGAGAGUCUGGUGGAGACGUUGACGGAUUUGAUGAGGAAGUUUGAGCCGGAGCAGGUCAAGACGCAGGAUUAUAUUCAGGGAGGAGGGGAUCAUAGUGAUCAUCAUACUGGGGCGAAGUUUGCCAGGGAGGCCGCUAGGGUUUAUGAUGCUGGCGUCAAACUGACUGGGUAUCUGGGAUAUCCGGUGGUGGAGUUGCCGGAAAAUGUGCAGGGAUCAGAGCUGGAGGUGAAGCAGGCGGCGUUUUAUAAAUAUGGGAUGCAUGAUGCACAUACUUGUGAUAGUCAGGAGACCUGCAAGGAUAGAGUGGAGGCGCAGUGGUUGGCGAGACAGUAUACGGUUUGA